AUGGACUACUCAGAUAGGGUCAACUCCAAAAAGGGAGCAGGCGCACUUGCAGAUAAGCAUGAAGCUAAUAUCCAUACUAAACAGAGAAUAAAAGAACUUCUCACCAGUCAAGUUCUUGAUCUCGAUAAUGACCCAUAUGUGUUUCGAAACCACUUAGGUCUUCUAGAAUGUCGUCUUUGUUUGACAACACAUACGAAUGAAGCAUCAUACAUUUCGCACUUAAGCGGAAGAAAACAUUCUAUGAACCUUGAGAGGCGGCGGGUUUUGGAUGAGAAGAACAACCGCAACAAGCUCGGCGGAGAAUCCAAUGGUGUGUCUAUCACCUCUGUCGAGAAAAGACAUUGGCAGAAGAUUGGUCGGCCCUCGCCCAAAGUCACGAAAAUAAGAGACCCCAACUCGUUACAAAUGGGAUUACUUGUCCAAGUCCAGCUUCCACAGAUCACUGUAAAAGAGCCAUUUUUUCGGUUCAUGUCUUAUUACGAGCUUUCGACAAAGAACCAAAAUGCGACAAAAUCUUUUCUUCAUAGAGAAAAGGAAGAUUAUGAACAAGAUGAUGAUAUAGAACCUUCCAAAUGGCAGUAUUUAGUCAUAAGCGCCGAACCAUACGAGAACAUAGCAAUAGCGUUUCCUGCACUGAAGAUAAUUGACAAACCGGAAUCAGAGGAAAUGUCCAAUUCUUACUGGUGGUUCUGGGAUGAAGACUCUAAAGAAUUCUUCAUCCAGGUUCUUUUCAAGAGCUAA